AUGCCCUCAGGAAUUAUAUUCUGCAAUGGCCACACCUGGAAACAGCAGCGCCGCAUUGCCAUCACUUCUCUGAGGAAGCUGGGCCUGGGGAAGAAAAGCAUUGAGCAUCAGAUAGAAGAUGCGGCUCAGACUUUGGUGGAGAUCUUUAGACAAACAAAAGGGCAGCCAUUUGACCCUUCAUUUUCGGUACUAAAUGCAAUUUCUAAUGUCAUAUGUGUUUUGAGCUUUGGACAUCAGUUUGAUCUUGAAGAUGAAAACUUCCAGAAGCUGGUUCAAGCCCUUAAAAUUUUUCUGAAUUUCAUUGGUGACAGUUUUCAGGUGAUGUAUGAUUUGUUCCCACAAUUAAUGAAGUUCCUCCCAGGCCCUCACAAGAAAGCCCUGGCUUCUGUGGACAUUGUCCUUGCAUUUGCAAAGCAGGAAAUAGAGAAACACAAGGAAUCUCAUUCUCUGCAUGAACCGCAAGAUUUCAUUGAUUACUAUCUUCUUCAGAUGGAGAAGAGCAGGAAUGACCCCAACUCUACCUACAAUGAAGAGAACCUGGCUCAGUGUAUUUUUGAUUUUUUUGGUGCUGGAACAGAUACAACCUUCGCUACUCUGAAGUGGGCACUGCUCCUCUUGACCAAUCAUCCAGACAUUCAAGAGAAAGUCCAGAAGGAGAUUGAACACGUGUUCAGCUUCUCGGGGUCGAUUUCCUAUCAGGAUCGGAAGAAGCUGCCCUACACCAAUGCUGUGAUUCAUGAAAUGCAACGUGUAAAGUAUGCCUUGCUAUAUGGAGUUCCCAGGAAAAGCACAAAGGAUGUGAAGAUGAGGGGCUACCACAUCCCAAAGGGGUCCGUUAUUGUCCCAGACCUGCGUUCUGUUCUUCUUGAUCCUGAGCAAUGGGAGACGCCUGAAAAAUUCAAUCCUGAUCAUUUUUUAGAUAAGGAUGGGAAAUUCAUUGAUCGAGAAGAGUUUCUGCCCUUCGGAAUGGGUGAACGAACCUGCGUGGGACAACAGCUGGCAAGAAUUGAGAUUUUCAUCUUUCUGACCAGCCUGUUGAGGGCCUUCAGCUUCCGGUUGCCUGAAGGAGUGAAAGAACUCAAUGAAGCACCUGUUGCAAAGAUGACAAUGCACCCACACCCUUACAAACUGUGUGCUUUUCCCACACAGGCAUAA